AUGGACUGCGAGGCCAAGAGGGGGAAGAAGGGCUUCGUGUCGCCCAUCAAGCGGCUGGUUUUCCCCAAGGCCGCUCGGAAGCCGGCGCUCCGCAGCAGCGUCUACCGGCGGCCGCUGCACUCGGUGCCCCUCUACCCCCCCGACUACCUGAUAGACCCCCAGAUCCUGCUGCACGACUACGUGGAGAAGGAGGUGAAGUUUUUAGGGCACCUGACCUGGGUGACAGCCUCCCUGAACCCCUCCAGCCGGGAUGAGGUGCUGCAGCUGCUGGACACCGCCAGGCAGCUGAAGGAGCUGCCCCUGCAGACGACGCCGGAGCAGGACAGCAUCCUGAGCCUGUCCGCCCGCUGCCUCCUGCUCACCUGGCGCGACGAUGAGGAGCUGAUCCUGCGCAUCCCCACGCACGAGAUCGCCGCAGCCUCCUACCUGCGCGACGACGCCCUGCACCUCCUCAUCCUCAAAACGGGCCUGGGAGUGGACCCGGUCCCUGCCGGAGCACACCCCGAAGCGGCCCCGGUCGGCGUGCCGGAGGCAGCCCCGGCCGAGAAGCGUCCGGGGGGCGCGUGGCCAGAGCCGGGGCGGCUGGGGGGCCCGAUGGAGCGGCGGCACACCAUCUGCAGCCUGGACUGGCGGGCGGCGCGGGGCGGGCAGGAGGGCCGGCAGGGCGGCAGCCUGGAGCGGCGGCGGGGCGGCAGCUGGGAGCGGCGGCAGCGCGGGCGGCCCUCGGGGAGCUGGGAGCGGCGGCAGCCCUGCGGCGGGAGCUGGGAGCGGCGGCGGGCCGGCACGGCCGGGGGCAGCUGGGAGCGUGGCACCGGCUUCGGCAGCUGGGAGCGGCGGCACGCCGGCAGCAACCCCCUGGACCCCCAGGAGCCCUGCCCCGACGCCUACUCCAACCUCGUCAUCCUCGCCGUGCCCAACAGGGAUGCCGCCGAGGAGUCCUGCGCGCUCAUCUGCCAGGUCUUCCAGAUCAUCUACGGGGACCAGAGCAUCGAGUGCGUGGACCGCGCCGGGUACCACUACACCUCCACGCCCACGCGGCCCUGGCUCUCCAGCAGGAGUGAGAGCUGCCGCACGGACGGGACGUACGGCUACGAUGCCGACUUCAGCUGCUGCAGCUCCUUCAGCAAUGGCUCCGAGACGUUCGAGGCAUAUUACAGCGGGGCCUCCUCGCCCUCCUUCCACCAGUCCCACCACAGCCUGGCCACCGCCUGCAGCGGCAGCGACCAGAGCAGCACGGGGCUGGAGCAGCUGCAGGACUACAUGGUGACGCUGCGCAACAAGCUGUCACCCCAGGAGAUCCAGCAGUUCGCCCUGAUGCUGCGCGAGUACCGGCUGGGCACGCCGGUGCAGGAGUACUGCGCCGACCUCCUGCGCCUCUACGGGGACCGGCGGAAGUUCCUGCUCCUGGGAAUGAGGCCCUUCAUCCCCGACCAAGACAUCGGGUACUUCGAGACCUUCCUGGAGAGCAUCGGCAUCCGCGAGGGCGGCAUCCUCACCGACAGCUUCGGCCGCAUCAAGCGCAGCAUGAGCAACACGUCGGCCUCGGCCGUGCGGAGCUACGACAGCUGGUCCCUGCGCUCCGAGUCCGAGUCCUUCAACCGCAUGAUCACGGACAUCACCCACGACAUCGAGGCGCUGGCGCGGGACGAAGAGGAGGAGGAGGAGGAGGAGGACAACUAUCUGUGA